CCGCUCUCCCGUCUCAUCCAGUCCGCCGCUGUGCGACGCCGUGUCGGCUGCUCGUGUCGCCCGCUUUCCUCGCCUCCUCGUCGGCUUUCUUCACCGGGGAACGCCGCUGGUCUGACCGUGUCUGCGGAGCAUCGGGGUGAAAGAUGAGUCCCGGGUCCCGGAGCUGGUUGCGGGUCUGGUCGUGCUUGCUGAGCCUGAGUGUGUUGACCCGGGCUCUGGAGCUGGAGGAGCUGUUCAAGUUCGGAGAAGAAGCCGGAGACCUGCAGCUGCUGCCCGGCUCGGACUCCACCGCCGAGCUGCCUCUCGUCGGGUCUCUGUUCUUCUUCGGCGAAACCUUCGACAGAGUUUAUAUUAACACUAAUGGAUAUGUGGCUGUUGUGGACCCUCCGGCUGAGAAGGAGUACCUGGGGAAGAUGCCCGCCAGUUUCAAAAUGAUUGCAGCCCUGCUGGGAGACCUGGACAACAGUGACGGACGGGGGAAAGUCUUUUUCAGGCAGGACAGCAACCCGGAUGUACUGAGUCGAGCCGGUCAGCACAUCAGGCGAGCUUUCCCCAGAGACGACGGAGUAGAGCCGGGCAGCGUCCUCAUCAUCACCUGGGUGAACAUGGCCGCCCAGGGGACAUCUGGACGAGGGGACGGACUGGAUGCUAAGAGCAACACCUUCCAGCUGGUUGUGGUCUCCAUGGCAUCGUCCUCCUGCGCCAUCCUCUUGUACCCCAGAGAUGGCCUGCAGUUCCUGUCCACGUCAGUUGAGGGUCAGAGCAAGCUCCUAGAGGCUGGCUUCAAUGAAGGUCUGGUGCAGGGCUGGUUCUGGAAAACCAAACAGGGGACGUAUUUCCGAGCCACCACCGAUGAAGAGACCUCCAUCAGGGAACUUACUGAAAAGACAAAUUCUGGACAAAAAGGAGUUUGGGUGUACGAAAUAGGUGCUUCACCGUUCUUUGCAGCCAUCACACCAGGAAUGGCCCCUAGCCUUCCCGAGGAGGAGGAUACCACUGAACCUCCUUUGACCAUGUUGACAAGGCAACCCGAUGAGUACCAGGAGGUGGACUUCUCAACCUACGAAACCCAGACGACGAUGACGACUGAAGCAGCACCAGUAGAAAAGGAGGAGUUUCCAACUGAGACUCCCACUGAGUACCAACCAAGUUACCCAGAAGCUGAGACUGUUACAGCAGAAUAUGCCAAACCAGAGACUGAAGAGCCAGAUUAUGAAGAACCAGGCCAGUUUGAGCCAGAAUACCCCGAAUCUGAGACUGUCAUACCAACAUACACCAGCCCUGAAAGCGUUCAACCAAGGUUCCCGGACCAACCUGAGCCGAGAUACCCUGACCAAACUGAGAUCAGAUACCCCAGCUCUGAGCCUUUGCUACCAAGAUACACCAUCCCUGAGCCCAGUGAACCUAGAUACUCUCCAGUCCAGCCAAGUUACCCUGACCCCGAUCCGGACCAACCAAGAUACACCAUCCCUGAACCCAGUGAACCUAGUUACUCUCCAGUCCAGCCAAGUUACCCUGACCCCGAUCCGGUCCAACCACAAUACACCAACCCUGAACCAGUGCAACCAGUACCACCCCAUUCCCAGCCACAGCACCCCCAGAUCGUUGUGGUGGAUGAAGACGAAGAUCUGAAUGUGAAUGUAUUUGCGUACAAUUUGGAGACAUGUGCCCACAAUAGACACAAAUGCUCGGCUUUUGCUGACUGCCGGGAUUACAGCAACGGGUACUGCUGCCACUGUAGGCCUGGUUUCUACGGUAAUGGGAAGGACUGUGUUGCAGAAGGCAAACCACAGAGGAUGAAUGGAAAGGUGAACGGUCGAGUGUUUGUGGGCAACUCGCCUUCACCCGUGGAGCUCAGCAGCAACGACUUACACUCCUACGUGGUGGCCAAUGACGGACGGGCCUACGUGGCCAUCAGCAACAUCCCCGACAGUGUGGGCCCCUCCCUGCAACCGCUGUCCUCCCUGGGAGGAGUCAUCGGCUGGGCCUUUGCCCUGGAGCAGCCCGGCUACCAGAACGGCUUCAGUCUGAUUGGUGGCGUGUUUUCCCGGCAGGCUGAGGUGAUUUUCCAGCCUGGAAAUGAGCGUCUGAGCAUCAAGCAGCAGUUUAAAGGAAUCGACGAACACGACCACCUGGUGGUGAGCACGGAGCUGGAGGGACGUCUGCCCGCCAUCUCACUGGGAUCCUCCAUCCAGAUCAACCCAUACAAGGAGAUCUACCAGUACUUCGGAAACUUGAUCACUUCCUCUUCCAACCGCGACUACACCAUCACCUCCCCUGAUGGCGCUGUCCAGACCAGAAGCUACCAGUGGCGUCAGACCAUCACCUUCCAGAGCUGCCCACAUGAUGAGGCCACCAUGGAGGCACCAUCCACCCAGCAGCUCAGCGUGGACCAGAUCUUUGUGAUGUUCGAUGCUGACAACCAUCUGAUCCGCUAUGCCAUGAGCAACAAGAUCGGCUCCGUCCACAGCAGUCUUCCAGAGCAGAAUCCAUGUUUCACCGGCCGACACGGCUGUGACAUCAAUGCUGUGUGCAGACCAGGUGAAGGCCUCCAGUUCACCUGCGAAUGUGCUGCCGGUUUCGCUGGAGACGGACGCUAUUGCCACGAUACUGACGAGUGCAGGGAGACUCCUCAGGUCUGUGGAUCCAACAGCGUCUGCAGUAAUCAGCCCGGAACUUUCCGGUGUGAGUGUGUGACCGGCUUUGUGUUCGCCAGCGAUGGAAAGACCUGCAUCGAGGAGAACCGUCCGGUGGAUCACUGUCAGAGAGGAAGUCACGACUGUGACGUUCCUGAGAGAGCUCUGUGCAGCUACACCGGAGGCUCGGCCCACGUCUGCUCCUGCCUGCCGGGCUAUGUGGGUGACGGCCGGGUGUGUCGGGACGUGGACGAGUGUCAGCAGGAUCGAUGCCACCGCGACGCCUUCUGCUUCAACACGCAGGGCUCCUACACCUGCCGGUGCCGUCCUGGUUUCCAUGGCGACGGACUCCACUGCAGCCCAAUGUCCACAGAGCGGGAGAAGACCCAGUGUGAGCUUCAAAGAGAGAGCGCCCAGGCCUCCACCUCCUCUGGCUCCAGCUUCUUCACCUUCUUCCGCCCUCGGCCGCCCGUCGGGCAGUACGUCCCACAGUGUGACGAACACGGAGCCUACGAGCCCACGCAGUGCCACGCCAGCAUCGGACAGUGCUGGUGUGUGGACGCCAACGGUCAGGAGAUCCCCAACACCCGCACUGGACCCGGCAGCGCUCCUCUAUGUAUUAAUCAGGUAGUGACUCCUCCUCCGGUGGGUCCGACGCCACGGCCCGACGUUCACCCCGUCGCUCCGGGAACGCACCUGCUGUUUGCUCAGAGCGGGAAAAUCGAACACGUUCCCCUGGACGGAUACAACAUAAAGAAGGAGGACGCCAAACCUCUGCUGCACAUCCCCGACCGGGUGGUGAUUGCCGUGGCCUACGACUGUGUGGACAAGAUGGUUUACUGGACCGACAUCACCGGGCCGACGAUCAGCAAGGCCAGUUUGAGCGGAGGAGACAUCGUCCCAGUCGUCACUAAAGAGCUGCAGAGUCCCGAGGGCAUCGCCGUGGACCACGUUUCCCGUCUCCUCUUCUGGACCGACUCCAUGCGAGACACCGUGGAGGUCUCCAAGCUGGACGGCAGCCAGCGUCGAGUCCUGUUUGACACCGACCUGGUCAACCCUCGACCCAUCGUCACCAACCCAGCAUACGGGCAGCUGUACUGGGCAGACUGGAACAGAGACGGGCCUAAAAUUGAGAUGUCCAACAUGGACGGGACAGCGCGGACCGUCCUGGUGAAAGACGACCUGGGGCUUCCCAACGGUCUGACCUUUGACCCUGACAACCAGCUGCUGUGCUGGGCCGACGCAGGAACUCGUAAGGUCGAGUGCAUGGACCCUCACCGGCAGGUGAGGAGGCAGAUCGUUGACGGGAUCCAGUAUCCCUUCGCUCUCGUCUCGUUUGGAAGGAACCUCUAUUACACCGACUGGAGGAGGGAGGCGGUGGUCGCCGUGGACCGUCACUCGGAGAAGGAGACGGAAGAGUUUCUGCCGCAGAAACGCUCUCGGCUGUACGGCAUCACCACGACACCCACACAGUGUCCACAAGCUUACAACUACUGCUCCAACAACGGGGGCUGUUCUCACCUGUGUCUGCCGCGGCUCGGCGGGUUCACCUGCCGCUGCCCGGACGCCGCCGACGGUCGAUGUGAGGAGAGCGACCUGUGAGUCUACAGACCGACGAUGAGACUGCCGCUGCUGAGAGAGAAGAAAAAAACCCAAAACACACUAAACUGAAUUUUGGUGUUUUCUAGUUUUCUUACUUGAAUUGAACAGUCGUACGAUCAUUUUUAGAGUCGAGAGAUUUAUUUGUUUUCGGCCUUUGAAAGCUGCUCAGACCUCACUGUAUUUAUGCUCUCACUCUUCAGGUGAGAAAAUUAGCUUUCGUCCUGUUACUGUCGCAUUCAGAUUUGGUUUCCGAUCUUUCUUCGCAGCAUGUGUUUGUAAUUUGACUCCUGGUUGAAGAGUUUCAUUCCAAAAUGAGAAAAAAGUGACUAAAUCUGACACAAAUACGGGGAUUUUUUUUAAAGAAAAGACAUUAAGUAACCGAAAACACGUGAUCAUUAUUUGAAAAGGUACUUAAUGAUGAACUUCAGGUUGUGUUUACAGUAUUUUUAAUGUAAAACUCUUAAUGCUUUCUCAAGGUUGUGGUUUGAACGUUAAGUGCGAGAAACAAUCAGCUUUAAUCCUAGUUUCAGAUAAAAACCACUUAUCAAUACGUUGUGCGCAGUUAAAAAUGAAGAAUCUCACCAGGGUUUCCUGACCGGACGAGAACUCCAUCUCAUGUCACGUUGACAGUUUUGAGUUCUUGAAUUUCACCCGACAAACACCACUUGAAGCCAGAGGUUUGUUUUCCAAGAAGUAAUAUUACGAGACGCUGGGCAGGAAUCACGAGAUUUUGUCAUUCACCGAAAAACGGACGACAUCCUGUAACGUAUGUCAGCUACGGCUCAGCAAAGGCUGAGCGAUCAGAUCUGCUUCUAAAUGACUGGCUGACAGCGGAUUUGUCUUUGAGUAACAAAUUUUCAAGUCACUCUGACUCAUGAUUAGUGAGUUAGAGCCAUUUGAAUUCAUCCUGUUGCUGUAACCUCACCGCUGAUCCCACAGUCACCAAAGCUCGCUCGCAACUGCACAAUGUGCUCAAGAGUUUGGACCGAUUGUCACAAAUUCCACGCUUGCAGGAAAUUGGCAGCAAACCCGUUUGGAACAACAAAUGAAUUAUUUUAAUUAUUUUCUGCCGUUGGACCACUAGUGGCACCACUGUGAACCAGUGACAGAUCCUGGGGUGGUGUAAGAGUUUAGUAGGGGGCUAAAAAAACUUUAAUAUUUACAAGAUUUAUUCUAUUGUUUGUGCUAAAACUCACAGUGUAUUUUUUUUUAUAUGAACUUGUAAAUAACUACCUGAUAUGUAGACGGUAUUCUGAUUUUUUUUUUGUAAUGGUGCUGAUGUAAGCCUGAGAUCUACCUGACGGUGGUGGUGGUGGUGAUGAUAACCGCGAAGGUGCAUGCAGGUUGUGUCUAGAGAUGAAGUUCGCGUUUGUUGCGUUGUAGCUCCGGCAUGCACGUCUCACGUAAACAUCAUGUUACAAUCAAGACUUACGCAGUGAUGGUUUAGUGUCGGUCACUGAUGUAAGUCGACAUUUUCAUCAAAAAAUAAAAAGGAAGGAAACAACUGUUUUCACAGACAUGGUUGUUAUCCUCAAAUGUGGAAAUCUAUCGCUGCAGUUGUGUAAAUCAAUUUAAUCAGACUGUUUUGAAUGACAUUUUUCAGCCGUUAUGAAAAUGACCACGAAAAAAAGGCAUUAUUUCUUUUUAAUUAGAAAUCUCAAUCUCAAUUUCAAAUGCAAUUUUAUUUUUCAAGUUUAGGAUGGUCAUCUCUUUUCUUGGUAAAAAUUUAAAUUGGAUUUUAACAUUUUUUUAAUUUCAAUGGCUCAUUUGCACACACAUGGAAUAUUAAAUCCCAGUUUGAUUAAAUUGUUUCAUUUUAAUAUGGCCAGACUUCCAUACUAUUCUACCUGCUGCUGCACAAUAUGUCAGAAAAUUCACUCCGUUGUACAGUGAAGUUGUCUGUUUCACAGCUUUAUUUUUUGAUAUAAACUAAAAAUGGCAAUUUGAGCCUCACCAGCACUGGAUUUCGAAGCUGAUAUAAAUAUUUGAGAGCAUUUAAAAUAUGAUCAGUCAAUAAUUGUUGUUCUAAUGUUUUGUUUUUUUUCACAUAAACCAUCCUGUGUGCACCAGAGUGUUUCAUGUGAUCUAAUAACUACACCCUUCACACAAGAGAAUAUUUCCAAUUGUUUUACUGUCAUUAGCUGUAUGAAUAUAUAUAUAGAUAUAGACAUAUCACCUCGGACUUAAACAGAAAGACAUGAUUGCUUUGCUUAACAGUCGUCAAGAUACAUUAUCUCAAGAGGCCUCAUCAAAUGUGUUGAAGGACGAUGUUUCUGUCAGAAAACUUUCAAUUUUUCGCCUGUGCCUGCCACUUCAUGGCCUCUGUAACUGCUUACUCAUGGGGCUGCGGUUUUUGUUUGUGUCACACACCUUGCGAAACAAGUAAAAAUGGUCUUAAACUGGAGUGAAUGUGUUUUACAGCAGCAGGAGAAAAGUCUGGACUGGAAUCACAGGUUUUAACGCAUCAAAUGUAAAAGCAAUGAUUUAGACCUGCAAGUGUUAAUCAAUCAACAGAAAGUAAUCAGCAAAUAUUUGAUGAUCAAUUAAUUAUUUGUCAUGUUUUAAGGCAAAAUUUCAAAAUAUUAGCUAUUAGCUAGUUUCCCCAAAUAUAAGAAUCCUAUGUUUUUCUUUGUCACACAUGAUAGUAAAUAUUUUUGUUCAUUUAUUUUUUUUUUAUAGAGGAAACAAUGAAUCGAUGAAUCAAAAUGCUCGUUAGCCGCAGCUCUGUAAUGAUUAGGUGACAGGCACAGCACUGGGCUCAGUGGGUCGUCGGUGAAGUGAGGAGCAGGUGAGUGUAACGUUGGCUUCUUAGGGAAACUCAGCUCAGGUUUUUUUGUUAACUGAAAACCCAUCAGGGAGGAUCGGCCCAGCAGGACUGCACAACAGACGACAGCAACACGACGCUGACUGUGGCAAAUACUGAGUGAAACUGCCAGGACGUUCAUUGUUUUUUAAACGACUUGUUGAGGGGUGUCAGACAAAAUGUUGUGCCUUGUGGAAAAAGCCCUUUCGUGUAAAUUCUUCACAUCCUGCAGCGGCAGUAAUUAUUAAAAAGCGAAACGAAACAUGGUUUGUCAGAGUUGUGCUGCCCUGCUGACUGGUUUUAUGUGCAUCAUGUCCGGUCUGUGACACGAUGCACUGUAUGUCUGUUCUGAACACCAGCCAAACAGGGAACAUUAACAGCCUGUACAGCCUCAAUAAAACCUUUUUUAAAUACA